UUUACAGCAGAGAUAAACAAACACAACUAUUCAGUUUGACCGCUUAUCGGCAACUGACGAGCAGCGGCAGCAGCGCACGUCAAUUCACCGGCGAGAUCAAGAACUAAGCUCCAAAUGGAUUGCUUAAAAUUGAUUGAAACGUCCAAUUACUUCGGCUACAACGGCGUUUGCAUCAGUAACGAAAAAGCUUAUCUCCUGCAGAAUUCUCUACUCAUUUUGCAAGAAGAGAAUCAUUUUCGAAAAACUUUUUACUGGGGACGCAUAAACGGAGUCCAAAGAGAUUAUCACGUUGCUUAUGGCUAUGAUAAAGAUUGUCUAAACGGUCAAGAUUUCUUUUACAGUCUCGAUUGUGUCGAAUGGCUGCUGAUGCCGAAGCCCGAAAAGCGUGGACGUUUUUUGGCUUCUCUCGCAGGUACAGCUUUUGAGGGCGAUCCAACGGUUAUGACUAAUGUUUACAACGCUAAUCCGGCGUUGCCACCAAACGAAGACCACUCCAAACUUUUCGAGGGCCCCGUGCCACAAGAAUUGAAGGAAGAAGAUCGUUUAGCUUGCAUAGUUGAAUUAAUAAACGAAGACGCGAUGAUCGUGCCUCGGGGAGCCUGGUUCAAGCGUCCGAACGGUCAAAUAAUAGAAAACGUAUCGUUCGAAGGAUUGAACGAAACAGAAGCUGCUUGUGAAAAGUCUUAUCUGCAUGGACGAGCGCCCCAGAAAAAAUGGAAUACGAAUUUAUUGACGAGGCCAGACUACAAUUAUGCUAUCGAUUUCCUCGACUCGAUCGACUCGGAUUUGCCUCAAGGCUGUUGGAAUCUCCAAAUGUAUCAAAACGCUCGUUUGGCCAUUCUCCAGAGUUUGUAUUGGCCAGGAAUGACUUUUUAUCACAAAGUCAACACGCCCCACUACGGUUCGCUUUACGUGGGCCACGGAAUGAAGAAUCUGGACGUUCCAUUUAUGAUUCAAUGAUUACAAAACUGUCACGACCGUUGAUCCGAAAAAGUCAAACUGUCGCAAUUUUAAGGUUAAGAACAUCGAGAUGGAAUAAAAUUGAGAGAAGUCGCUGGCCAAGAAAAUUUUUUCGUUUCUGCUUUUGUCCAUGCAGCGCCCCCAUUCGUCUUUUUCAUCGC